AUGAUUGACUACCUUUUCCGGCCCCAGCUGUUGGCCGUUGUGUUCGUCGUGGUGCUAGGGCUUCUAUACCAUCGGCGCCAGCCGAAACCAAGCCUGCCAGACCUGCCGUGGCUCAACACCAAAGAGGGCGAAUGGUUCACAACCUUGCGUGCCAGAUUCCGCUCCACCGUCAACUACAAGCAAUCAAUCCAUCAGGCUUAUGACCUGUAUUCCAAGAAGAACCAAUCAUGUAUAAUUGGAAAACUGAACGGGGACGAAAUUGUGCUCCCAGUAUCGUCAAUCAAUUGGAUCAUCAAUCAGCCAGAGAGCGUUCUGAGCGCGGACGAACCUCACAAGGACGUCUUACAGACUGAUUACACAUUUGUUCAUCCGGUCGUCGUCGACAAGCCGCUACACCAUGAGACUAUCAGAAGUGAGCUCACCCGCCAAUUGGGCGCCCUCACUAUGGACAUCAUGGACGAAUUAGGCUCUGCAUUCGACGAUAUUUGGGGCACCAACACGACCGAGUGGAGAGAAAUCUGUCCCUUCGAGACCCUCAAGCUCAUCAUCGCUCGAACUAGCAAUCGCGUAUUCGUCGGCCUGCCUUUAUGCCGGAACAAGGCACUCUUGGAGCACGGCAUUGGUUUCGCAACUGCUGUUCCAAUCGCCUCCUCCCUUCUCAAACUGUUUCCUGAUUUCCUCCGCCCUCUGGCGGCUGUCCUCAUAGCGCGACCGAACCGCUAUCACACAAAAUGCUUCAGCCGCCUUGUCCGGCCCGAGAUCGAACGACGCCAGAAACUUCUUGAAGGUCAGAAUGGGGACCUAGAGAAGAAACUCGGCGAUCCAGAACCCAACGAUUUCCUGCAAUGGUCGAUUCGUCGAGCUCAGGAAAGCCCUUAUCCUGCUGAGCGCGACCCAGACAUCAUCGCCGAAAGGCUGCUCGCCGUCAACUUCGCCGCGAUUCACACGUCGACGUUCAGCAUCACAAACGUCAUAUUCGACCUUGUCGCCUCCAACCCAUCUAAGAAAUACUUGGAGCAAAUCCGCGAAGAAGCCAGCUCCAUUAUCGCGGCCGACAAUGGCGUCUGGACCAAGUCCGGCCUCGCAAAGAUGUACAAAACAGACUCCACAUUACGAGAAUCCUCUCGACUUGGCUCCUUCUUGGGCGCCGGGCUAAUGCGUCAGGUCGUGGCGCCAGAUGGGGUCACUGCUCCCAACGGCACAUUUUGUCCCUACGGGAGCUGCGUCGCUGUUCCGACCAGUGGCGUCCAUAACGAUCCAGAGCACUACCCCGAUGCCGCGACAUAUAACCCCUUCCGUUUCUCCGUAGAACGAGAAUCAUCGACAGCAGAGUCGCCCGAAACUGAAAACGAUAAAUCUAAUGCCAACAUCACAGAAGAAUAUAUUAGGAAAGCAAAUCUCUCCUUCGUCAGUACUUCGCCAACAUAUCAUCCGUUUGGACACGGACGGCAUGCCUGUCCAGGAAGAUUUUUUGCGGCGAACGAGUUGAAGUUGCUAUUAGCGUAUAUAGUACUGAAUUAUGAGUUUGAGCCUUUGACCGAGAGGCCCGAGAGUAAGUGGAUCGGAACAAGCUUGGUGCCACCCUUGACUGCGACUGUCAAGGUGAGGCGUCGGAAGCAGAACAUGUAA